AUGGCGCCAGCGUACGACGUUCCCAUAGUCGACAUCUUCCAGAUGUUUGGCCUGUUUGUCCUGCUUCUGCUCUCAGCUGGUGUUGGGAGCACUUCCAUUGAGUCCAGGAACCUUUAUCAGUUCAAUAAAAUGAUUAAAUGUGCCAACCCAAGCAUCACUUCACCACUGCAAUUCAAUAACUACGGCUGUUACUGUGGAACUGGUGGAUCUGGGACACCAGUGGAUGACCUUGAACGGUGCUGCCAGACCCAUGACAACUGUUAUGAAGAUGCUGAGAAGAAAGAGAAGUGCAGAAUAGUCUAUUCACCCAAAAUGGUAUAUUACAAGUACAGCUGCUCAAAUGGGAAACUCGAAUGUACAGGUGGUAAUUAUCACUGCGCGAAGUUUAUCUGUGAAUGUGAUCGAAAGGCGGCCAUCUGCUUCUCGAAAGCAAAAUACAACAUUGAGAAUAAAGGCAUCAGUCAAUCUCGAUGCAAAUAG